ACUUGCUCGACUCAGAAAGAGUAAUGCCUUUCAGGUUUGAAGACGCUCUGAGACGUGAAAGGGAGUUGCACCAGGAAGACGAAGAAAGCCUAGCGCUAGAAAAGACUGCGGAUUUACCCAAGCCUCCACCCGAAGACAGUCAAACGGUGCAACGCGUCUUCCCGCUCCUCUUUUCGGUUGCUGUGGUUUUCGUUGGCGUUGUCGUCCUAGCCGUCGUCUUGCACAGUGAUGAUAUUGACAUCGGUCAGUCGGCCGGGACCGGCACCGCGGACAUUACGUGCGCCAACAACGAAUGCUAUGACGGAGUCAACUAUCCAGAUAAACAAGGAAACAACGACACAGGAAAUAUCACACUGCCCGCCAACGAAACCGCGGUGGCGACGCCAAUCAAGGUGCACGUGGUUGCCUUCAAUAGCAACGCAGUUGCAGACAACGAAAUAAGUUACCGGGUACCCAACGAAGGCACUCACUUUGUAUCAGUUUCCACUGAAUCCGAAAGCCAGAUGACGACCGAAAUCACGGAGAAUGACACCAUGUCGCACUAUGAAAGCAACACAACAGGAUGACCUGGAGCCUCACUGUCACCUGCCCGUCUACGAAGGACUGACUUCCUUGAGUUAAUGCUACGUCAAUUCACGAAGACGAUUAUUACAUUCAUGCACCGCCUAUGUAUCGUUCCCAGUGACAUUACGUUAUUCAUAAACAUUUGUUUGUACACAGAGCAGCGAUUACAGAUGUGG